CACGAACCAUCAACAGUCAGCCAGAAAGUGUGUUGGUUGCAAAAGUCCUUCCCAUCGUGUUCACUACAGCCCAGCAGUUGCCCAAUAAUGUAUGGCGUGCUUCGCUAAGCUGAUGGUUUCAGCCCUUGAAGUCUGUUAUGCACACAGCCAAGAAGUUGUGCUGGAAAGCAACCAGGCGACAUCCGGGUUCCAGACUCGUGGUAGCCAAUUGCAGUUUUGCAGAGACACCCAUUUCGUUCCGAAGGGCUGGAUUGAGGCUAGCUCGCUGAGAAGAGAGGGUGGUCGAUGGGCACUAAUCAGAGUCCACGUGGAUUCCAGAACGCCUUCUUUAACUGUUUCUAGUUUGGGCAAAAAUGUCGACGAUCUUGGCUGGAUAAAAAACCGCUCAUGGAUGCGUGUCCGGGGGAUUCGCCAAGGUUAGACAGAGUUCUUCGACCAGGUGAUACGAAGUUGAACUUCGGUCUAGUCGGUCUUCCCACCCCCAUGUCAGCAGUGCCAAACAAGCGAAGCGCUCACACGACAACAUCGACUGACCAGUAGGACGCUAGAUUUUGGACAGCAUGGAUCGAGUUUGGGACUGUCUGGUUUGAUGCGAAA